UCAGAAAAUGAUCGCUUACUUCCUCUUACUCCUCACCUGCCUCCCAGUCCUCCAAGCCCGAGUAGAAGUCCAUCAAGAGUUCAUCUCCUCGAAGCGAGUCUCCGUCCGCUUCGAAAUUGUCACAGAGUCCCACUCGCCGAAUCGUCCAGUCACAUUUGACCUCUUCCCCCGCGGCCCCAAAACCAACAUCAUCCUUCUCGACACGUUCAACCCGGUCUUCAACUUUUCCAUUCAACUUGUGCAGCCGUUCACUGGUCAGCCGCUCGGUGAUCGGAUCUAUCGAAAAGUUCAGUUUUCGGGCACCAACCAGCCGUGGAUCAACGACACGUUCACGACGACAUCUGGAAUUUCGUUGAGCGUGGCGACCGAGGUCACAUGUGCUCGCAACUAUUUCGGGAAUCGAUGCGAAAACUUUUGUGAUGCACACUUGGCGAAGGCCGCGAGGAAAAGAUGCGACGCCAUGGGACGUCUCCGCUGUGACAUCGGAUGGAUGGGACCACAUUGUGGACAAGCCGUUGACCCCCGCAAGUGCUCAUGCGAGAACGACGGAAUCUGCGUCUCGUCGAUGAUUCAUCCAAGUCAGCCAAAUCAAACAUCGAGCAAUGAACAGUUGAUCUGCGAAUGCACCAACGGCUUCACCGGCACUCGUUGCGAAAUUUUCGGCUUCAAUCAGUUCCAGCUGACCGCGCCCCGACCAGAUGCUUGCAGUGUCAAAGACGCCUGCUUGAAUGGCGCCAAAUGCUUCCCAAACGGUCCGAAAGUCUUCUGCUCCUGCGCUGUCGGCUUCAUCGGUGAAUUCUGUGAAAUCUCACUCACCACCACCACCCCAACUACCGUGGAGAUUACCGUCUCUACCUCGGGAUACUCCAGCGCCGUCUACAUCACAGUUGCUCUCUUCGUGAUCUUCUCCAUCAUCAUCGGAUGCUUCAAGUACAAGUUCAAGCCGAUGAGACAGCAGGCCUUGGCUCGUGGACAGGUACCAGAGCCCUACAAGAUGCCUGAGACAAAGUCGAUGCUGAUCGAUCCGGAAGCUUCAGAGGCUCAGAAGAAGGUGUUCACCAUCGAGGGCAGUGUGCAGAAGAUUGAUGAGGAAGUGAGGUAUACCAGUGCUCCAAGGAAGUAUGAAUCGAAUAAUGAGUAUGCCGUUAUUCAAAAGUCUACUCCACCGCCACCAUCUUUAAGUCCACCGUCUAUUCCAGCCUGUCACUAUGUCUAGAUUCUUCCUUUAUCCAAAAAAUGUGUGCUUCUUCCACGAGUAAAAAUUUUCACCGUUUUUUUCUCAGUUUCUCUCUCUUAUCUCAUUUUCUUUAACUGUUUCCCUUCUGAUGUUACGUGUAAUUUCCGAUCUCCUACAUUCCGUCCCAUCUCCCCACCUCCUCCAGCAUCCCGCGUUCGUUUUUCAUUUCAUUGUAUUCUGAAAUGUUUGUUGUAAUUUAUACUUUUAUACUUUUUGUUUUCUGUUUUCUGAAAAAAAAUUGCUGAUCCAAAUC